AUGGUAUCGCUGCCGAUCCGGACUUACACAUUAGCUCCGUUCAGCGAGCUCAGGAUUGUAAGCCACGACUCACGUGAUGGCAUACCUGUGCUCCCUUCCGUCAGGCUGCUCAACACGCCGGCAGCGGCGGCGGACCUUCUACCAAAUAUGCGCGGUGCUGCGGAAAUAUACGGCCGCGAACUUGCCCCUGAUGUGGAUUUCGCCAUAGAGGAGGGGGAACAGCUUGCCGUGUUUACGUGGGUUGGAUGUUCCGUUCAGGUAAAAGGCAUGGUGGAACAGGAGUACGAAGGUGAAGAUCACGCUAUGAAAGAGUACCUCAAUGUUUCCCACGUUCUGAAUGCAGAAAGAGAGUUGGCCUCAGUGAAGAGGACCCAAGGACCGAGGGUCCUUAUCACUGGUGCGCCAUCCAGCGGUAAAUCAACAGUGGCAAUGCUACUGUGCAACUAUGCGCUUCGGGGGGGUUGGACACCCGUUUUUGUCGAGGCUGACCCGCGAGCGUCAACAGACAAAAGUCAACUACAAUUUUACCCAGGCACCAUAGGUGCUACCGUCGUGACUAAUGCAGCAGAAACGGAUUCCAAGAAUCCCUUGGUAUACUUUUACGGUUACUCCGGCGCGCAGGAGAACGAAAAGCUCUAUAUUCAAAUUUCAAAAUCGAUGGGAGCCUCCCUGGACGCCAUGAUGGAGAAGGCAUCCCAAACUCAACCCCAUAGCAGACGCUCAGAUGAGGUGUCGGACAUGGGCAAAUAUAUCGCAGCCUCAGGCAUGAUCAUCAAUGCGCCAUAUUCGGCGAACCGUGACAUGAUCGUCAAACUCGCCGAAAUAUACUCGGUGUCGCUCAUACUCGUCAUAGACAGCCCAUCAGUGCGCCAGGACCUGGUCCGUACCUUCGCCGCCAUCAGGGAUGGCCAGCGCGGUACCACGCGACUGACGGGCGUUCGUGGCGAGGUUGCCCCGGGCGUGUUGGCCAAUCUGGCAUUCCAGGAACUUCCGGAGCAACAGAUAUACGCACAAUCGGAUGUGAAUAUGGCGCAACCUGCUGUAGAUGGAGCAGAUGAUUCCGAUGACAAGCUGACGAAGGAGGUGACCGUGCUGGCGAUAAACAAGCUAGAGGGCGUCGUUCCCGUCGACCUGGAGAGGGUCAAAUACCUAAACAGCCGGUGCUGGAAACGGUACUUCGAUCGGGGGAAUGCAGGGGAAAUGCACGUUAUCCGGUUCCCGAUGGAAAACGUCAACCUCGUGGUGUUGGAGACCUCUGUGGCACUGUCCAAAGAUGCGCUGCCGACGGAUGAUCCCGGUUACAUGACCCGGAACGAAGUGUACGCGGCAAUGUGGAACGGAGAUCCAUUUUCACUGACAAACGUUGUGCUAGGCAUACCUGCAACAGACGAUGCGACGCUUAUACCCUACUGCAACCUGCUCGGAUUUAUGCUGGUGAGAAAAAUUGAGGAGGUGAUUCAACAGCCUGAGGAGGAAAUGGAUGACGAAGCGACCCCACGCACCUACUUCAUGGAGGUGCUUUGCCCCGCCGUGUACUCACCGUCGUCGCUCCCUGCUUACCUUCUAGUUGCGGGGAACCAACGCGCCAUGAGGUGGCAGACGAUGUGA